AUGAAAUUGCAGCUGGAUCAAGCAGCAGAAUUUAAAAUUAAAAUUAUGGAAUCUCAAUCAGCAUUAAAAAAAGAAUUAGAAAAAGUUAAAAUGGAGAAACAAGAUGCAUUAGAAGAAAAAGACGAGUAUAAUGAAAUGGCGGAGACUUUAGAAAUGGCUGAAGUGAAAGCAGAAACACUUCAAUUAGAAUUAGACCAAGCAAAAGAGCGUAUUGAGGAAUUAACAGAAGAUUUAUAA